AUGGUCAACAUCGACAAGCGUGAGACCAUGCGGAAUUCUGUUAUCAUGGAGAAGGAGGGCUUCAUGCGGGCAUUUGAUAAACUAUGUGAAGAACUCAACAUUGAAGAAUUCUGCACGGAUGCUCAUUCUCAGAUAUCAGCCCUCUUCAAUAACAAAGGGAAAUAUAAAGACUGCGGCGUACGACACACCCUGGACAUGUGGCAUGGGUCCAAAAGUUUGGGGAAAAGAAUUCAUGCGGCAGGACAGCAAAGGGGGUGCACCAUCCUUCAGAUGUGGAGUAAGGACAUCUGCAACCACUUCUGGUAUUGCUGCAAGACUGCAGAUACAUAUGAAGAUUUUUUUGACAUGUGGGCUGGACUACUUCACCAUGUGACAGGAGAACAUGCGUGGGCCCUUGGAGCCUGUCAGCAUGGUCCCUUGGUGGAGGACAGAGAGAAGGAGUGGAUCCAGAAGGGUUCUGUGGCACACCAGAGACUGACAGAAGUGGUGCUUGAUGCACGCUGGCUAAAGAGCAUACACAAAUAUCUACAUUUUAGGUCAACUGCAGAGUUGGAGUCAUUCCACAAUCAUAUUUUAAUGUAUGCAAGCAAACGCUUCUCCUUUUGCCCCCCGUGUACGCUGCUCGCGUCAUGCUGGCUGGCCUGGACCACAACCACCACGUUGACCGACCAGCAAAGAGAAGGGCUGAUGAUACGGUAA